AUGCCGCCUACGACAGAGGAAGGAUGGCUUACCACGAACGAUGGCGCUCGUCUAUACACUAAAACAUGGAAGACGAGUUCCGGCAAGGAGAUGGGAGCCGGCCUCGACUGGCAUGCUGGAGUGAUGGACUUUACACCCAACGUCCUUCAUCAAGCACUGCUCAUCCACUCGAGAUCAUCGCUCCUUGACCACUGCAACACCUACUCCCAACUCUUCAACACCCUCACCACGCACCACAACCUCCAAAUCCACGCCUUCGACCAACGAGGCUGGGGCCGCUCUGUCCACCAACCCUCCGAACGGGGCCUCUCCGGUCCCACCACCCAAGUCCUAACAGACCUCCACGAUUUCGUUCUGCACACCCUCACGCAACAUGCCAGCACCAACCCACCACCGCUCUUCCUCAUGGGCUCCUCCAUGGGCGGCCAGAUCGCGCUGCACUACUGUCUUUACACCCUCCGGACCACCACAAUCCGGAACCGCCCACAAUUCGCUGGACUACUGCUCCAGGCUCCCUUCGUGGCAUUAGCACCUGAAUCAGCGCCGGGCUGGCUGACGGUCAAAGCCGGGAAGAUGGCGGCUAAGCUCAUGCCAUCGAAGCAGAUGGCUCAGAAGAUGGAUCCUAGCUUCAUGUGCCGCGAUCCGGCUGUGUGUAAGGAGUGGAAUGAUGAUCACUGUGUCACGACACGGGCGUUGAGCACGGGGGCGUAUGUGCGGAGUCUGACGAAUGAGUUGCCGUGUCCGGUGUGGUUGGCGCAUGGGAGUGGCGAUCGGGUGACGAGCGUCAAGGCGAGUCAGAGGUUGUAUGAUUGUUUGAGUGUGCAGGGUGGAGAUCGGAUGAUGAGGGUUUUCGAUGGAGCAUACCACAAACUCGACCGCGAACCCAACGGCGUCGGCGAGGAAUUUGCACGCGAGGCGGGAGAGUGGAUCGAGCGGCGCGCAAGAGGCGAGAGGGGCGCGCUGGAUCGCGAGGGGCGGAAGAUACUAAACGCAGAAAGACUCGCAGCAAGCGAUAGUGAGCAUCCCGCCAUGGAAGGUUUCGAGCUCGUAGAAGUCACCUCGGCAGCCACAGAAGCAGAAAUUGAGCAGCUCGUACGUGUAGUGCAAGAGGCAGUCUUCGAUGACCCGGUCAUGGGUACCCGACUGAUCGGCCUGUCCGACGAGAAAAAGACGGAAUGGGCGCGGCGGUAUUGGCUGUCGGCUCAUAUCCAUAAUUCGCACAUGCGGGUAUAUGGCGUGAGGGAUCUGGAGACGGAGGAGUUCGUCGCGUACACUGUGCUGUCAUGUCCUGUCACGCCGACGCCCGAGGACGCAGAUGCCGCCAAAGCGAGGCUCCAGGAGAUGUUGGAGUCCUUGCCGCCACGCGGCGCCGAUUUUGUCAAGUACCUAUAUGCCGAUGGAACCCCUAUGUCGCACAGGUUGGACUACGACGCGACAAAGCAUUUUCACAAGCGGAGUACCCAAGUCCUGCCCUCGUAUCAGCGACGUGGGCUGGGAACGUGGAUGACGCGCCAUUGUAAUGCGGUUGCGGAUGAGGCCGGCCAGCCGACGUUUGUGCUUGCGCGGCCAAAGGCCGCCAAAAUGCUGGAGACGACGGGGUUUGUGCUGGGGGAGACCAAGAUGUUUGAGUCGUCCAAGUACGGGUGGCAUGAGGAUGCUGAAAUUAGGGUGUAUAGGAGAGAUCCGCAUGCUGUCGGUCCGGCCAGCUGA